AGCCUUUUGCAAUCUUUCAAUGCAGCUCAACUCAGAUUUAACAAAUUUGCUUGAACUUGAAGUAAAAAGUCAGGUAGCGGGAAAUAUUCCAGGAAAAAGUUUUCUGGGUGUAAUUGUUCCAAAAUGGCCACAUCACUUGAAGAAAUGAUACCUACCACUAUGGAAUUUGCUGUAGACAUGGCAGAUAACUCCUCAAUUGACAAAAUCAAAGAUUUGAUUAAGGCACAGAAAGAUAUCAGGUUGCUAGAUAUCAAUUCUGAGAAGCGUUGUGUUGUUUUGGAGACAACGUUGCCCUCUGGUGUUGUUCAAAAUUUGUUAGAGCAAAGUGGGGAUACAGUUGUAUUCAGGGGACAUGGAUAUAGUCAAGGCCAAGGCCAUAUUGGAGCAGCAGUUGUACAUGUCAUGGGUGACCAAAUAAAUGGAAUUGUACGGCUUGUUCAGACAACUGAAUACAGUUGUGUAAUUGAUGGUACUAUUGAUGGCCUUCCCAAGGGAAAGCAUGGCCUGCAUAUAAACACAUUGGGUGACCUGUCUAAAGGCUGCCAAAGCACUGGAAAUCAUUUCAACCCAACCAACACACAUCACGGAAACAGAACAGAUAGUGUAAGGCAUGUUGGUGACCUUGGAAACAUUGAAAGUGAUCACAAUGGAAGAUCAGUUUUCAGAUUUCAAGAUGAGAAAGUCAAGGUUUGGGAUAUUAUUGGAAGGUCUCUGGUAGUUGAUGCUGAAGAGGAUAGAUUUCAUGAAGACACAAACAGUAGUAACGGCAUUGCUUGUGGAAUCAUAGCGAGGUCAGCAGGACUUUUCGAGAAUGUGAAACGGGUGUGCCAAUGUAGCGGCAAGACAUUGUGGGAGGAAAGACAGGAGGCCAAGCAGGGAUUGACAUCUCAGUUGUAAAUCGGAAUAGAUAUAUUUGUAUAUAGCUUUUUUGAAUGCACUCUAUCCUAUUCAGUGUCAGGAAAACAUCGUAAAUGGACGUCUCUCUCAAGCGGUACCCAUAAGUCAAUACAAUCGAAUUUGAUUGCGUCGUCUAGAAAUGAGAGGAGAAUCCUCUAAAACAGAGAUAGUUGUUACAGUCGAAUCCGGUUUGGUCAUACCCCGAAUCACUCGGACUUCCACUAAGUCGGACUGGUUUUCAACUCCUAUUGGUUUUUCCUAUCCUAUUCAAGGCAAAAGUUGUACCCUGUGGUUUAGUCGGGCAUUUGCUAAAUCCAUUAUCUUGCCUCCCUUGAAGGUCCGAAUGAACGGGAUCCAGCUGUACGACUUCCUCCAGGUAUUGUUUCUCAAUUGCUAUUCUGUGCUUUGGCUGGACUUGAUCGAAUCGUCAUUGCAAACUGAUUUUACGUGACUUAAGAUUUAGAAAUGAUUAUUUAAAAUUUUCGUUAAUGAUGUCUGACUAUAGAAGUAAAUGAAAUGAAAAUAUAACCACUACCUUGUUCUGUUUCUAUGUUUUUUUCAAUAAUUUUCAAAAUUUGAA